AUGAAAAGCGCGGGUAUAGCGUCCAGAGGCUUAGUGCUGACUGGUGUCAUGGUGUGUCAACGACCGAUCACUGGGCUCCGACGGCUGCAGGGCGAGCGCGGGGGAUGUGUGGAAGAGGUGCAGAGGCGGGAACCGGUCACCGAGCCAGCGGGGCUAUGCAGAGCGGCGAGUGUCCGCGCGUUCGAAGCCGUGUCAACUGCCAGAGGACCGGGAGAUACGAUAACAUUAAACGAUGGGAACCAAAUGCCCAUUCUGUCAUUGGGUACGGUUGGAAUAGUUAGUAUAGCUGAUGCUGUACUGACACCAGCCGUGACAUAUGCUAUUGAAUCCGGGUACAGGCAACUUGACACCGCCGCUAUAUACAGAAAUGAGGUGCAAGUAGGAAAUGGCAUAGCUGAAGCUAUAAACCGUGGUGUAGUAUCAAGAGAAGACCUGUGGAUCACCACAAAGUUGCACCCUAACGUUACCUCAAGAGAAGGAGUAGUCCCGGCAAUUAGAGAAUCUUUAGAAAGGCUGCAGGUCGACUACAUAGAUUUAUACUUAAUACACGUGCCAUUUAAUUUGUUCGACGCUCCAGAUCACGAUAUUGUUAAUAUCUGGAAAGGUAUGGAAGAUGCUAAAGCUUUAAAUUUGACGCGAUCCAUAGGAGUCUCUAACUUCGACAUCAAUCAGAUAAAUAGAAUUUUAAAUGAAACUGAUACAGUACCAGCUGUAAACGAAAUCGAGGUCAAUCCAACUUUUUCAAAUGUAGAUAUUGUAAGCUACUGUCAAAAGAGAAGCAUUACUAUAUUAGCUUACGCACCGUUUGGAUUCAUGGUGCAAAGACCUUUUGUAUUGUACGAUCCACCACUAUCGACAUUCGAAGAACCAAUCUUGAGGCAAUUAGCUCGAAAAUACGGUAAAAUACCCAGCCAAAUCUUUCUUCGUUCCUUGGUGGACCGUGGUAUUGUUCCAAUCCCAAGAUCAACAAACUUUAGGCACAUCGUAUCAAAUAUGAAUAUAUUUGAUUUCCAACUGACUUCUGAAGAAGUUGAUGCGAUUAUACAACUCAAUGUUGACGAUAAAGUUUACAGUUUCGACCCCGAACCAUUAGAAGCUAUGAUGAGUUAUUAUGGGUACCCAAAUUAUCACGGCUUUUGGAGCAAGCCAAACUCUCUAAAACUGACCAUAAAUCAUUCAUCCAGCGGAUUAAGAUCGAGACUAGAUGACGGCCAGUCUUUAGCUCUGAUGAAGUCCAGAACGUUGGUUUCUAACCAAGAAUAG